AUGAGUGUCAAGAACCAAGUGGUUGUGCCUUUGUCUAUUGGCAACUACAAGGAUGAGAUCCUUUGUGACAUUCUGCCUAUGGACGCCGGUCACAUCAUCUUAGGGCGGCCUUGGCAAUCUGAUAGACGUGUGAUCCAUGAUGGAUUCACAAACCGCUACACUCUUCUUCAUGAGGGCCGUAAAACCACUUUGAUUCCUUUGAGUCCACAAGAAGAACACUUGAUUGGCUUGACUCACACUCCACCGGAGAUUCCGAGUGAACUAGCUCAACUUUUGCAGGACUUUAGCGAUGUGUUUCCUGAUGAUAGUCCACCAGGCUUGCCUCCUGUCCGAGGUAUUGAGCACCAGAUUGACUUUGUCCCCGGCUCCACUUUACCAAACAGGCCGGCUUACAGAACCAAUCCGGUUGAGACCAAGGAGCUUCAGCGCCAAGUGGAUGAACUCAUGGAGAAAGGCCACAUUAGAGAGAGCAUGAGCCCUGUGCUGUUCCUGUUCUUCUUGUUCCUAAGAAGGAUGGAAGCUGGAGGAUAUGAGUUACAUGGCUCUUGCAUCUUCUCUAAGAUUGAUCUUAAGAGUGGAUAUCACCAAAUCCGGAUGAAGGAAGGUGAUGAGUGGAAAACCGCCUUUAAAACCAAGCAUGGUCUAUAUGAGUGGCUUGUGAUGCCAUUUGGCUUGACCAAUGCGCCAAGUACUUUCAUGCGGUUGAUGAAUCAUGUCUUAGGUUUUGUGGUGAGUGCAGAUGGCGUACAGGUUGAUGAAGAGAAGGUCGCAGCUAUCCGGGAUUGGCCUAGUCCUAAGACCGUUGGAGAGGUCAGAGCUUUCAUGGCUUGGCCGGAUUCUAUCGGCGGAAUCGGAAUAGGAGCUGUUCUCAUGCAAGACAAGAAGCCGAUUGCCUACUUCAGUGAGAAACUUGGAGGAGCCACUCUCAAUUACCCAACCUAUGAUAAGGAGCUCUAUGCGCUGCACUUCAAAGGCCAACAGAAGCUCAACAAGAGGCAUGCUCGCUGGGCCGAGUUCAUAGAAACCUUUCCCUAUGUGAUCAAGUACAAGAAAGGUAAGGACAAUGUCGUGGCCGACGCAUUGUCUAGACGGUAUACACUUCUCUCUACUCUUGAUGCCAAACUCUUAGGCUUUGAGCAAAUUAAAGAACUAUAUGCUUCUGAUGCUGAUUUUUCUGAUAUUUAUCAAGCUUGUUCUAAGUUUGCUUCUGGUCGAUAUGGAAGCACAUGGAGGAGGACUUAUGGGACAUUUUGGAGUUGCACCAAGACUAUACAGAUCAUGAGAGAUCAUUUCCAUUGGCCACACAUGAUUAGAGAUGUGGAGCGCAUAUGUGCUCGCUGCACCACUUGUAAGUUGGCCAAAUCCAAGGUCCAACCCCACGGUUUGUAUACUCCUCUCCCUAUUCCAUCACAACCUUGGACUGAUGUUUCCAUGGACUUUGUUCUUGGUUUACCCAGAACUAGACAUGGAAAGGAUUCCAUUUUGUGA